AUGUCCGCGGACGACCAGCCCACAGCGCAGGAGGAGGUUGUGGAGUCUCAAUUCCAGAAACCUGGAGAUCUCGUCGAGAGGGAUGAAGAGACCGGUGUUAUGCAAGUCGAGAGUCUGUGCAUGAACUGCCAUGACAACGGGAUCACUCGACUCCUGCUCCUCCGAGUGCCUUUUUUCCGAGACAUCAUCCUCGAAUCGUUCGAAUGUGAACACUGUCACUUCAAGGACAAUUCCGUCAAGUCUGCUGGGCAGAUCCAGGAAAAGGGCUCGGUAUACACACUUGAUGUUGAGAACGAGGACGAUCUUCAGCGACAAGUCAUUCGCAGCGAUGUGUCAAUUUUCAAGGUUGAAUCUCUGGGCAUUGAGAUGCCCAAGGGCGAGAGCCAGCUUACUACCGUCGAAGGUGUCAUUCAGAAAAUUCAUGAGUCAUUGUCCAGCGAGCAGCCAUUGCGAAAAGAGCAAGCGCCCGAGCUUCACGAUGCACUCGAGCCCAUCAUCGGCAACCUCAAGAAGAUCCUAGACCGAGAAGGAUAUCCCUUUACUAUCUCUUUGGACGACCCAACCGGUAACUCAUGGAUCGCUCCUACCACACAAGAUACCGGACGCAAGUAUAGACGACGCGACUACGCCCGUACGCACGAACAGAACGAAGAGCUUGGAAUCGCCUCUGACCCCGAGGCCGUCAAGAACGAGGGCGCUGCUGGAAACCCGGAAGAUCUUGAUAUAGUUGAUGGAAAAGUGUACAGUCUUCCCGCUGAGUGCCCUGCCUGCGCCAAGGACUGCGUCGUCAACAUGCAAAAGGUGGAUAUCCCUUACUUCAAGGAAGUUUUCGUUUGGAGUAACGUUUGCGAUCACUGCGGGUACCGCUCCAGUGAUGUGAAGACCGGUGGUGAAGUCCCUGAAAAGGGAAAGCGCAUCACACUCAGCGUGGAAAACGUUGUCGAUCUCCACCGUGAUAUUCUUAAGUCCGAUACCUGCGCACUGUACAGCGAGGAGCUCGAGGUUACUGUGCAGCCCGGUACCCUAGGUGGACGCUUCACCACUGUCGAGGGCCUCCUUACUGAGAUCCGUGACCAGCUCAAGGGCCAAAUCUACGACAUCGAUGACACCACGCAAAGUGGAGGUGACAGCAUGGCCGUAUCCGACAAGGAGAAGUGGGAGAGAUUCUUCAAGCGCCUCGACUCCGCCAUCGCUGGUGAACUGAAGUUCGUCGUCACGCUUGAAGACCCCAUGGCCAACAGCUACGUCCAGGACCUGUGUGCGCCGGCGCCUGACCCUCAAAUCAAGAGCGAGGAGUACACUCGCACAGACGAAGAGGAAGAAGAACUUGGUCUGAAAGACAUGAAGGUUGAAGGCUAUGAGGAGAACGCGGAUGAGGAGAAGAAGGCCGAAGGAACGACCGAAAAAUAA